AUGGUGCCCGCGCUGCGUUACCUGGGCAGUGCCUGCGGACGGGCCCGCAGAGGUUUCCCCGGGGGCUUCUCCUUGGCGUGCGGGCCCGCGCUGGGGAGACCCCGGCCGCUGUGCCAGGGUGGCCGCAGAGCCAGCACGAGCUCAUUUGAUGUAGUCAUUAUUGGUGGCGGAAUUGUGGGGCUUGCCUCUGCCAGAGCACUCAUCCUGCGACAUCCAGCACUUUCUAUUGGUGUUCUGGAAAAGGAAAAAGAUUUAGCUGUUCACCAGACUGGACAUAACAGUGGUGUCAUACAUAGUGGGAUUUAUUAUAAACCUGAAUCUCUGAAAGCUAAAUUAUGUGUACAAGGUGCAGCCCUCAUCUAUGAGUACUGUAAUCAAAAGGGAAUUUCUUACAAGCAGUGUGGCAAGCUUAUAGUAGCUGUCGAACAAGAAGAAAUCCCCAGACUUCAGGCCCUAUAUGAAAGAGGCCUGCAGAAUGGUGUUCAGGGCCUGAGGCUGAUCCAGCAGGAAGAUAUAAAAAAGAAGGAGCCAUAUUGUAGGGGACUAAUGGCCAUUGAUUGCCCUUAUACUGGCAUUGUGGACUAUCGUCAGGUGGCUUUGUCAUUUGCCCAGGAUUUCCAAGAUGCAGGUGGCUCUGUCUUGACCAGUUUUGAAGUAAAAGAUAUUGAAAUGGCUAGAGAAAGUCCUUCAAGAUGCGAAGAUGGGAUGAAAUAUCCAAUUGUUAUAAGGAAUACAAAGGGAGAGGAAGUUCAAUGUCAGUAUGUUGUGACAUGUGCAGGACUUUACUCAGACCGUAUUUCCGAGCUGAGUGGCUGCAAUCCCGAUCCUCGAAUUGUACCAUUCCGGGGAGAUUACCUGCUCUUGAGGCCAGAAAAAUGCUAUCUUGUGAAAGGAAAUAUUUAUCCGGUCCCAGAUAGCCGGUUUCCUUUCUUAGGAGUUCACUUCACGCCGAGGAUGGAUGGCAGUAUUUGGCUAGGGCCUAAUGCAGUUCUUGCCUUUAAACGAGAGGGCUACAAACCCUUUGACUUCAGUGCCAGAGAUGUUAUGGAUGUAAUUACCAAGAGUGGCCUGAUUAAACUGGUGUCCCAGAAUUUCUCCUAUGGAGUCAGUGAAAUGUAUAAAGCCUGUUUUCUCAGUGCAACAGUGAAGCACCUUCAAAAGUUUAUUCCUGAAAUUACUGUCAGUGAUAUACUUAGAGGUCCAGCUGGAGUAAGAGCCCAAGCUCUGGAUCAAGAUGGAAAUCUUAUAGAAGAUUUUGUAUUUGAUGGAGGAGUUGGGGUUAUUGGAGAACGCAUUCUUCAUGUGAGAAAUGCACCUUCCCCUGCUGCUACUUCUUCCCUUGCAAUUUCUGGAAUGAUUGCAGAUGAAGUGCAACAAAGAUUUAAAUUGUAAAUAAUGAAAGGAGCUAGUCUCCACAUUCAGCAACAUCCACAAGAAUGUACUAAUUACAUUCUUUAAGAAAAAUGGUUUGAAAAUAGCAUAUUUAGUUAUCUCAUUUAAUAACCACUGAAUUGUUAAACUGAUGUAACAUAGUAAUAACUUUAAAAUCCAUGCUCUUUUACUUUGUGAAUAAAGAGGAAAGGUACAGUGGCAUCUGUCCUGAAUCCUUGACUUUUUUAAUGACCUGUCCUCACUAACCAUGAUCUAGAGAUUUGGCUCUUUUGGAAUUUCUCCAAAUGAUGGCAUAGAGAUUUGCAUAUUUCCUUAACUUUUUGCCUAUAUAAUGUCUAAGCUUUUUUGUCUCUUAUAGGCAGGAAAAUAUAAUGUAUUAUAAGUUGCAAACCUUUUAAUUUUGAAGUUAUAGAAAAGCUCAUAUUUAGAGCAACAAUAUUUGUACUUGGGAAUUCUUGAUUUUAAAAAAAUACAUGAAAUUUCACAUUUUUAAGUAGUUUGAGUAAGAUUCUACUGAGCUGUAAUAUUUGCAGAGAAACUCAAAGCCUUUUUUAUUCCCAGUCUCUUUAUAACUGACUUGGGGUGGUGUCAUCGCCAAAUCUAAACAGCAGCAGUACACUAUGAAUGGUUGUUGCCGACUCGUCAGUUUUCUGUUGUUGAGAAGCUGAAAGAACAUAGAACCAAUAGGUUUUUAUGAGAGCAGCUUUAGAAUCCUGGCACUGAUAUACAGAACUCUGUAAUUUAAAAACCAUUUACCUCUUAUCUCUGCUCUUGAGUUACACCAAGGUUCUCAGAUGUUGGCCAAGGUCACUAACAAUUCAUGCCAACUUGGUUUUUCAGGGCUCCUGUCAACUUUAUGAGGAUAUUUCUUCAUUUUUGGAAAAUACCUGACUUUGAGGCAUUCACUUUUAUAAACCGCGCAAGUGCCUUACAUUCAUGUGUACUUCAUGAGUAUUUUAAAUCGUUGGCCAGUGCCAUACUUUAUAUUAUAUACUGUAUAUAUGUGUGUGGUAUCUGUUGAAAGGAUUCUUGCAAUUCAGAAAGUUGGAAAAUAGAAAUAUAAAUGAAAAUAAGGCUGCCUACUGAUUGGGGAAACUUAUUACGGAACCACCUCUUAGGUGAGAUUUUCACCCAUUCCCUCACCUGUACUCUCAGGGUUAACCAUACCCUCUUUGUUAUUUCUUUCCUCUUAUCACUCCAAAGACGUGUGAUGGAUGAGUUAGAGGUAUGUGCACUUUGGUUGAUAGAAAAAGCUUUUUUGUUUUUUUCCUUUCACAUCAAGCCUCCUUGAUUACACUGAUCGAACUACCUCACCCAUUAAUUUGAAAGGCUACACAUCAUCUGCUUAUGUUCAAAAAGAAGCGCAUCCCAGGUAAAUAGGCUAGGCAAUUAUUCAAAACUUGGGAUGAGCAUAUUUAAAGCAUUCAGAAACCAUUCACAGAAGAAACAAGCCCUAAUGGUUCUUCAUAACAACUGAUUCCUGCAAGAAAUGUGACAGUAUAUUUUUCUGUUCCAUAACAAGACUGUUAAGAAAUGGAAAAUAUUACAAUUCUCUAUUUCACCAACAGUAAGAUUGCAUAUGCACUAAGCUGUGAAA